AUGUCUCAGCAGGGCGCUGCUCUUCAAAAUUACAACAAUGAGCUGGUAAAGUGUUUCGAGGACUUGUGUAAACGGAGAGAAGAAAUUCACAGACAGAUUCAUCAUGAUGAAGUAGAAAAGGCAAAAUUGCAACGAGAGUUAAAUCAGUUGACAGAAAAGUUGAAUCGCGUUGACGAUGGAUUGCAGAAAAAAAUAAUGACGCGCAAUGAAUUAGACCGGACGAUUGCUGAAUCCGAGGCUGCAUACAUGAAGAUUCUUGAAAGUUCCCAGACACUCUUGUGUGUCUUGAAAAAAGAAGGCCAAGGAAUAGUCCAAAGGGCCGCCGCUAAAAACGUGCCGAUAUAG